AUGGAAACCGCGACCGAGCGAACUCUGGACAUUGUGGUCCGAUUCUCCACAUCGAACCCUGAUCUCGUGCUUGCCAUCGCGUCACCUUCGCGCACGACUGGACUCGCAUUAAAGCAGCUGAUACGAGCACAGCUUGAACAACCUGCGGCAACAAGUCGAUUGCGGCUCAUCCACGCCGGCAAAGUCAUAUCCGAUGAUGCGCCUCUAUCCAGCAGUCUCACCCUAACGAAUCCUCCGCCACUUCGCAACGAUGACCCGAACAAGAGUUCCAAGGCGAGAGGGAAGCUGCCUGUACGAGAUCACGAACCUCCCCGGACGAGACUAUACAUACAUUGUUCAGUUGGCGAUGUUUUGUCAGCCUCUGACCUAGCUAUCGAAGCGAAAUCGGCACAAGAGGCUAUCGAUGCAUUGGACAGCAGCAGUAUUCAACACACAUUCAUAGGCAAUGAGCAGGGAGACGCAUCAACAAAUGCGAGUACAACGCCUGCGCCGCGCGGGUUCGACCGCUUGCUAUCCGCCGGAUUCACCAAUUCUGAAGUCGCAGCAUUGCGAGCACAGUUUCUGGCCAUACAAGCGCAUUCGCAUACACCGGAUACCUUGCCUAGCGGUCAGGAGCUCCUGGCGCUGGAGGAGCGCUGGCUCGAGUCUGGCUCUAGCCCCCUUGGCGGUGGUGGUGGUAACGAGUCGGGAGGGUUUGGACCCGAGGACACCGGUGCCUUGGAAGAUCUGCUUAUUGGAGACCUGAUUGGAUUUUUUUGGCCUAUCGGGGCCAUGUUUCUGUUCAUGCGGGAAGAAGGCGUCUGGUCCCGUCGCCGUCAGAUCGCUGUCUUGUCCGGCUUCCUGGUCAAUGUCAUGUUCGGCUUCCUGAGAGUCAUGAAUUGA